GGAACGGAACAAAGGGUCGGUAAGGGAUCGAGAGUCGGCAAAAUCAGAAGGGACCAGGGAAAACGGGAAGGACCUUUCGACAGGGGAAAGUUCGGGGAAAGCCGGGGGAAACAAAAGAGGAUCCUAGCAAAGCAGGGAAAAGGGGGACGACGACAGGACGAGUCGUCGAAAGUCUGACGGAACCACACCCAAGAAAAUGAAAGUCUCGGACGCACGCCGUAAGUUAGCAGAAAUAGAAAGACGGACCACAGAAUAUAAAGCAAGGCUUAUCGAGGAGAUGAUGGCUGGGAACGAGGGAGACCUUUUGGGAGAGGGGUCACGAGAAGAACGCAGGAUCAGUCAGAGCGAAGCCAGGCUCGGAGGGAAGGACAAUAGCCAUAGGGGCACGCCCAAUAAGAAGGGUAAGGAAAAGGGGGAUUCCCCAGCCGUAGAAGCGGAGAAGGCAACGACCCCACCUGCCAUAUAUAGUGGUACCAGCCGUUUGCGCGCCACACCGAAAGCAACCAAGGCGUGCGACGGACUUUGGAGUCUCAGGGAAAGGGUGUUAGGAUGGUUUGAUCCGGAGGGUACGCUAAAGGCUGGGGAAAAGCAGAGAGAUACCAAGGAAGGAGAAGGGACCAGUGCGGUCGGCGAAACGGGGAGCUCUGAAGGGGGCCUCACGAGGAUAGUAGUCACCCUCACUCGGGCUCUGAACAAGAAUCAGAGGUACCUUGCGGAUGCCAAGAAGAAACUUACUUUCGACGGGGCAAACAUUAUGGAAUUCCUAAUCGACUAUGAGAACCUGGCAGCCUUGCUGAAAUGGACUGAGGAAGAAAAGAUGGACCACUUAGGGCAGUAUGUGUCGCUAAGCUUAGGAAGGGACAUUAUGAUUAUUGUCGCCUCUAGUGGAUCCUGGAAAGAGAUCCGCAACGAGAUGAUGAGGAAGUACCUGAAGGCAGAGAAAAUGGCAACAGAAGCCGAGUUGGGGGCAGUCCAAAGGAAAAACUAUGCGACUUAUAACGACUUCCUAAGGGCAUUCACUUUAGUAGCACUACGAAUUCCCGGAGUAACAGACCGUAUAAUGAGUAAGUACUUCCUCAGACAGUUAUCCGAGUUUGACAAGGAUAAGAUCUUGUCGGCCUACCAGCAGACUAGUAAGUUCGAGUACGCAAGGGAUGUGGAUUUCAGCACGGUAACAGACCUCGCAGAAAAGACAGUAGUGACUGAGACACUAGCCCUGCUCAAGGAAGGAGAGGUUAUAGACUUGACUGGGAAAACGGGAGACAAGGUCAAGAAGGGGAUAGAGAGCCUACAUGAGCGGGUGCAUGGGGUCGAUAACAAGAUAGAAAGAGUGGAGAAUGCGCUAUUAGUAAUGCAGGCGCAGGUGUCCCGCCCCGCCCUCCCGCCCCAAGAGGCCGUAGUUCCGGAGGCAGUAGCAAAUCGAGGUCAUGGCAGGAGGGACCCGACCAAUGAGCAGUGCAAGUACUGCACAAUGGUCGGACACUUCGUACGGACCUGCCCGAGACUCAACCAUGAUAUCAUGAGGCAGAGGUGCAGCAGGUCACUCAGAGGGGAAAUUUUUGGGCCUCAAGGAGAGCGCAUAAACUGGAAUUCGCCAGGAGGAAUGCGACGUGUCGUCAUCCUCCUGAACAACCUGGAUAUAGCGGCCGUAGAAGCAGAGCCGGUAGUCGACAUUGUCUGGGACCAACCCAGGGGACGCGGACCACAGGUGAAUUUCAUCCUGGAAGGUAAUGGACAAGAUAGGGUGAACAUCACCACCCGGCGAGCAGGCGCAGAAAAGAAACUUAUUCGAGACGUAGUACUGGAAGAGGUCGCAGGGACGAACACAGAUCAGGAUGAAGCAGAAACCGGGGAACAGGAGAAGGUUUACGGAAAGGCAAGGGAAGAAGAGCCAAUAGACAAGGCUGCAGUAGCAAUGAAGAAAUUCAGGUACCAAAUUCCGAUCCUGACCGUGCAGGAAGUCGACGAUACAAUAACCAAACUGCUAGGUACCAUGGUAUCUGUAUCCUUUCAGACCAUGCUACAAGCAAGCCCGAGAUUGCUCAAAGGUCUCAGGCAACUGCUAACGCGUAGGCGCGUAGAGAUAGAGGAGGCCCCGAAACCGCAGAAGCAGGAAACAGAAGAGGCCGAGGCGCCGCAAGGGGUCUCCAACCUCCAACGAAUUCCAGGGGAUCUGGAGGACCUAGAAAAAGCCUUUGCAGACAUCCGCCUAAGCCUACCGGACUGAGAGGGUGGAGAAGUCAUGAGGGCACCGCCCGGGAUGAAGCUUAGCUUC